AAUAAAGUCUUUGGAGAGAAAAAGGUGGUUUAAGAAUGAAGGGCUACAGCCCAAGAAGUCCACUGCCGUGAUACUCCAUGAAAUUCAGUCCAGCAUGGUGUACUGACCAGUCUCUGUCAUAACUAAAGCAAAUGUGUGAGCUUUCCCUCAUUGACAGUUGGACUAGAUCUUGUAGGUCCUUUCCAACCUUGUGAUUCUAUGAUUCUGUGAUCGUCACAGAAGUGUAGCAUCCAACUGUGAUGUCAGCAGGACAAAUGAAUAGUGUGAUAUCACAGCCUGGCUGCCCCUGGCAGAGGAUGUGGCUGUGGAAGCAUCACUGUCCUGAAUAUUGUGAAGAGCAUUGGUCCAAGAGUGGGAUGAAAAUGCUUCUCUUUAUUUCCUGGGUGUUAACUUCUCUAAUCAGCAGCACCCAUGCAGAAGAUCUUUCCAGAGCUUAUGUGUUCUUCAGAAGUCACCAGCCAAUCAAAAUGGCUGGUAUCCAGUCUGCAUACUCACACAACGAGUGUGGCCUCCGACCAUCUUUUGAGUCCUUUCUGUGGACUGGCAAGAGGAUCACAGGUGGGAGAUAUGCCAAGGCUGGAGAGUUCCCAUGGCAAGUGAGCAUCCAGAGCAAUGGGAAACACAUCUGUGGAGGCAGCAUAAUCAGUGCGUUGUGGAUCCUGACUGCGGCCCAUUGCUUUGCAGAUGAAGUGCCACCAGAUAUUAAGAUUGUAAUGGGAGAAGUUGACCUUGACCUCCCACUGGAAGUACAUGAGCCAAGAAAAUUGAUCCUCCAUGAAGACUUUGACAGGAUAACCUUGAAGCAUGAUAUUGCUCUGAUCAUGCUCAACUAUCCCAUUGAAUUCAGCAAUGAGAAAAUCCCCAUCUGUUUUCCCUACAUGGAUGACAUCAGUUCAUGGCAACACUGCUGGGUUGCUGGAUGGGGAAUGAUAGAUGCAGUGUCAGCAUCCACCAUGCUGCAGAAAGCGAGGAUGAAGCUCAUCAGCCGGGAGGAGUGCUUGGACCAGAUACCAAAGCUACCAGAGGAUAUGUUAUGCAUUGAGCUGGAGCAAGGAUCCUGCCAGGUGGACAGUGGGGGACCCUUGGUUUGCAGCUACUCGAACACCAUGAAGUGGUUUCAGGUCGGCGUCAUCAGCUGGGGAGACAGUUGUGCAGCAAGGCCAUAUUAUCAGUUCUACACUUCUGUCUACAACUACUAUGAGUGGAUCAAGACUGAGACAGCCAUGAUGGGGAAACCUUUCUUAAUCGAAGGCAUGGCUAAACAUGUUGUGAGUACCACAGAUGUUCAUCCUGAGUCUAAGGCUCAGCUGGUGUUUCUUGAGUCUGCUGUCCUUUUAUUUGCUUCUCUAGUGGCAAUUGGAUUACUCUAGAGCAAUUUUUUCAAAACAUAAUAAAAGUCAGAACAACUGUCUUCUUCUUUUGCUUCAGAACCAUGAAGUUGUAUCUCAGGUCAGCAUGCUCCAUCUCACUGAGGUGGAUACAGACAGCCAAGCGAGAUGCUGCAUUCAGACUAGAGGGUGAUAUUGGGCUGGAGACUUGAAAGGAGAGAGCCAGGACCCAGAUUUUCCAGACCAAGAGGGUUACAUUCGGCUCAAUCAUUUGCUAACUCAGAAGAAAUGUCAAGAUGCAGCACCUCAAGGAGAGCUGAAACCUUAAGAGAGAUCUUAGCUCACUCGGUUGCAAAUUAGUUUAGCUAUGAGAUAACUCUGAGUUAACGUAUCCUACAGCUAACUAUCAGUUCAUAGAAUCAUAGAAUAUCUUGAGUUGGAAGGGACCCAUAAAGCUCAUUGAGUCUAACUCCUGGCUCCACCCAGCACCACCCAAAAAUCAAACUAUAUGGCUGAGAGGGCUAAUAUGUCUUCAGUCUUCAAGUUGGACCAAACUAAGAUUUCCGGAUCAGGGUGGUGUGUUGAGCUGCUGGAAAGUGACUACGUGUCGAACUCAUCUAUAUCUCCUUAAGUUAGAGAAAGGACAAGAAAGCCAUUGGACAGUGUUGGAAGCUGUAGAUUCAUCUAACUGGUUGGUCUUAUUGAUCUGGGUUGCAAGCGGUACCUUGUGUUUCUAAAGAAACUAGGGAAAGACUCUGGCUGGCUGGAAGGAACUGCUCCUGAGUGUCCAAAAAAAUGCUGUCUUCAGAAGUCCCUUGUUUUAGUAAUAAGCCAAAACUCAUCCCUUACAAUAAAUAAAUAAGU